AAAAAAGAAAAAGAUUAUAAUACACACAUAAAAAGGAAAGAAAAUUUCUCUUGAAGAAAUGGUUUGAUUCUUCUGCUACUCUGCAUUUAAAAGUGGACAUUACAACACUUGCCUUUCUUUCAUAUGUAAAAACAAAGAGAGAAGAAGCUAGUUAGUUGUGCCAUUUUUAUUUUUCAACACCAUGCUACUUAAAGAUUGGAUCUUUCUGAGCUUUUUGGUUAUGAAAUGUUUUGUUGUGGUAAAAGUAGAGGGCAUGGUGCAAGAGAAAGAGGAUGCAACCGUUCCAAUUACAACUCUGUCACCUCCUGAAGGCAACACAACAUUCCUUGGUGGCACAACAUGGUGUGUGGCACGGGCCGGGGCUCGGCAGUUUGAUUUGCAGAAUGCAUUGGACUGGGCUUGUGGAUUGGGGAUGGCGGAUUGCAGGCCCAUCCAAGCCGGUGGCCCUUGUUUUGAGCCCAAUACACUUCUAUCCCAUGCUUCAUUUGCUUUCAAUAACUACUACCAACAGAAUGGAAAUUCUGAUAUUGCCUGCAAUUUUGGAGGAACUGCAAUGUUGACUAAAAUCAACCCAAGUCAUGAAAAAUGUAUUUAUGCUACAUCCAGUACUAGGAUUGAGAACAUGAAGUCUGGAGCACCUCCAUUUCCCAAAGAAAGGUUAAGCAUUAUGUGGUGGAAAAUAGCCAUGAUUCUUCUUCUCUUGUACUCAGGAAGUUGAGAUGUAAUUUUGCUAUAAGCUGAAAAAAAACAAAGGCCAACUUUUUGUCUGGAAGAAAGUAGAGGGGGACAUAAUCAAGAAGAGAUACUAUAAUUAAUUAAGAUAUGUAUAGCCCUCUGGGACAUUCUUAGAGUGGUUUAAUUUCUUAAGUAUAUUCCUUCCUUUCUUGUUGUAUUAAGCAUCUCAACCAUUGAGAAGAAAUCUCUGGCUUCAUUUGUUAUAAAGAAAAAACAAUGCUGAUCA